GCCUACAGUAUCUCUGCCAAGUAUAACUUUGGCACUGCCGGCUGUACUGUCGAGAUCAUAGGUUGUAUCAGUAUGGAGCCUUUCGAAGCUGCUGGACUCGUUGAACAUGAAUUUCCUCCUCUUAUCACAAUAGCGCCCACUGCAGUGUGGGUGUGGUACCCACAGUGUUGGCGCACUCAAAGCCAGUGCAACUGAGAACUCUUGCGGUGAAGUGCCGAUGGUGACUUUUGCUGCGUACACCAAGUCUUCAUAACUGACUAUCUUUUGACUCACAACACCUUCACCUGA